CGACGCCCCCGAAUCCGACUAACCAACAUAUCCCCAGAUAAACAGUCGCAAUGGCAUCCAAACGCGGUCGUGGUUCCUCCGGAAACAAGCUCAGGAUGACUCUCGGUCUGCCUGUCGGAGCCGUCAUGAACUGCUGCGACAACUCGGGCGCCCGUAACCUCUACAUCAUCUCCGUCAAGGGCAUCGGUGCGCGUCUUAACCGUCUGCCCGCUGGUGGUGCCGGUGACAUGGUCAUGGCCACAGUCAAGAAGGGAAAGCCUGAGCUCAGGAAGAAGGUCAUGCCCGCCGUCAUUGUCCGCCAGAGCAAGCCCUGGAGGCGGGCCGACGGUGUCUUCCUGUACUUCGAGGACAACGCUGGUGUGAUCGUCAACCCCAAGGGUGAAAUGAAGGGCUCUGCCAUCACUGGACCCGUCGCAAAGGAGGCCGCUGAGCUGUGGCCGCGUAUCGCCUCCAACUCCGGUGUCGUCAUGUGAGGUGUCUCUUUUCCAGCUCUUGUCCAACAUUCACGGGUUCACGGGAACGGCGAAAAUGCAUUUACGGGG